AUGCCGUCUGCAACAUCGGGCCGCAUUCUAAAGACGUCGCGGGGGUCGAAAAAGACCCCCCAUCAGAAGAAUCAUCGAUGGGAGUCCUUCAGUCAAAAGAUCUCUAAACUCCAUUCCCUAGACCCCCUCCGCAAGGUCCGGCGACAUGAUCUCGACGCCGAAGACCUUUCCGUAACGACCUCGUAUCUUCGAAAUGGCCUGGACAAAUGGGCCGAGCUCAACAUCUCCCGGCCGUACCAGGCCUUCAAACGGGAGAUCAACCCACUUACCGAAUCGCUAGCGCAGAUCCUCUAUCACGAAGAUCGCAUCAUGGACUUGCUUGUCGAGUACAUCUCCCGCCACGAGAAGGAAGCGCUUGAACCGCUACUAGAUUUGGUCACAGCGUUCGCGCACGAUCUUGGUGUCCGUUUUGAGAAGCAUUACCCGAGAGCUCUCUCCCUGAUUGUCGACUUGGCCGGUUCAAUGCACGAUGUCGAAGUCAUUGAGUGGACAUUCGCUGCGCUUGCCUUCCUCUUCAAGUACCUUUCGAGAUUACUUGUUCCAGACUUGCGCCCUACAUACGAUGUUGUUGCACCUCUGAUGGGCAAAGCGAAACACCCAGGUCACAUCGCCCGCUUCUCUGCUGAGGCCAUGAGCUUCUUGGUCAAGAAGGCUGCCGCCCCUAGCCAUAAGGACAAGGCGCUGUCUCUGUUUAUUGAACAUGUGAAGAAGGAUCUGGAGAGCAUGGUUGGCACGAAGCAAUUCGACUUGUACAGCCAGGGUAUCAUGACUAUGUUUGCCGAGGCGAUGAAGGGUGUUGGAGAGGGUCUGCACUCCACAGCCCCGGAUCUCUUUUCCGCGCUGAUGCGCGCUGUACCGAAAGAGGAACUGUCACUGCCAGAGCGGACUGUCUGGUCAGACGUCUGCUGUGGCGUGAUCACGAGUGUGAUCCAUCAUUCAAACACGGACACAUUCAACACAGUCGAGAGUCGAGUUGUCGACGAUGCAAUGGCUUGCCAGCAGCAAGUCUUGUUCAUCCGUGUCUUUGGCACCAUGGCUGGUGUGCGGAAGGGCACGCGCAUCCACGACUGGGCUUCGUUUGCCAAGGCAUUGAACCAGAUGCUCGUGUCUCUGGGUACCCAAGCAAAGCAGAUUGAAGUGAUGGACUCUUCUCGGGUAUGGAAGCAUAUCAUCGUCAAUUCCGCCAUCGUGUGGAGCCGGGCUCCCAUGGACGCUCUCAUUCCAGCGAUGUCCACAUUCCAAACUGCCAUGACCAAGGAGCCGUGGAUGAAGUGGUAUAUUCCCUUCUGUUCUUAUUUGGCCGACCAGAACGCUGAGCGUUUCCGUGGCCUGUUUUUGAAGGAAUUCCAGAAGUUUAUUGUUGCACAUUGGUCUCAAGGUAAUAAUGAAGACUUGCUCUGUGUCCUUAUCCCCCGGAUGGUAGAGUCUGGAGGUCUACCCGCCCCUGGGAGCAAAGAGAUCUUCCCACUCCCACAAUCAUGGCAGGACCAGAUUGUGAGCAAGUUCGUAAGGCUCGAGGACACUCCUUUCCCAGAAAGUGGUGGAUUUGGAAAGGAUCCCGAAACCUGGAGAGAUAAGUGCUUGCCCAAAUAUUCGGCUCGUUUGCGUGUCCUGAAGUCGACCACUGUCCACCCCUCUACCAACUCCCGGAUUGCCGAGGUACUCCUUAAGAAAUUGAAGCUCGCUCUCCGCCCGUCCUCCUCUUUGCCGACCGACGAAGCCAACUUCAUCACCAGCGAUGGCUUCCAUGCCUAUCUCCGCAUGUGCAAGGCACCUGGGUCGAUUGAUCCGAGCCUGGCGCCCUUGCUCAGAGCUGCUGCCCCACGAUUCUGCCGGUCACCAUCUUUCCUUCAAGCUCUCCUGGCCUAUGAGCAGGAAAUCAAGGCCAAGGGCAAGAAUACUCCUGAAUCGGACAGUGGUGCUGAGAGCUCACAUGAGGAGCAUGAGCCUUUGAUCAACUGCCUUAUCGCCAACCUCUCUUCACCUUCCCACGAGUUGCGGCUUGCUUCGCUUCAGAUCCUCGAGGUCUUGGAUUUCACACCUGACUCGAACAAUGCCCUAAGCAUCAUGAUCCAAACAGAGGAGAUGCCUCUGAACUUGCAAAGUGUUCGUGCCAUUGGCGCGCAUCUCCGCAGGCUCGGGCUGGUAUACUCCCACAUUGAGCAGGACUCUUGGUUGGCUCGGGCUGUGCCGUCCUUUUUGUGGGGCAUGAUGACCGUCCCUCUUGCGCCUGUUUGGGAUGAUGCCGUCGAGGCGAUGAAGAAGGUUGCGGAGAGCAAGCACGGUGAAGAGGUAUUGGCCAACAUUGCCUUCGACUGGUUGGACGUGCCGUCUCCCCAGUGGUCUGGGCCCUACAAGCCGCCGGCUGAUGAUAAUCAUGGGCCUCUUACCAAUUUCGAGUGUCUUAAUCUCAUUCACUUGACCGAGGCGGCUGAGGCCACAAACCAAAUCAUUGAGGAACCCGGACAGGACAUGCUCUCUACCUAUGAGGAAGGCCAAAAGAUCAUCGAUCUGCGAUCGGAAAGAGCAAGGAGCAAGGCUCUCAAAGCGCUUGCUGCCCUGCCUUGGAUGGCGGAGAGACGGUCUCGUAAGCUAGUGCCUCACCUGUUUGCCUUUACUGAUGACAGUGAGACGCCAGAGGAAGAUAUAGAGGAGGAGUCUCCGGAGUCAGGCGAGGGGAGCUGGAAUCUUGCCGACAGGAAGGACCUCAUCAAGGUGUUUUCGCAGUUCAGCAACCCACGCGUGCUUUACCUGAGCCAGAAGGUUUACCAGGCUCUGCUCAAGCUUUUGGCGAAUGGUGAUAUCGAGCUGCAAAAGCUGGCUCUGAAGGCUAUCCUGACCUGGAAGAGCGAGGGCAUCAAGCCGUAUCAGGAGCACCUCGAGUACCUGCUCGAUGAAGCCAGGUUUAAGAACGAGCUCACGGUUCUGUUCCAAGGCGACAACAAAAUCCUGCCUGAGCAUCGCUCCGAGGUCAUUCCUGUCCUCCUGCACCUGCUCUAUGGUCGUGCGAUUUCCCGCAAGGGCGCGGCAAGUGGUCGCCAUGGUCUUCAUGCCACUCGUCUGGCCAUCAUCCGCCAGCUUGAUGUGGAGGAUAUGGGCAGCUUCCUGGAUAUCGGCCUGGGCCCUCUUCGUGCCAUUCGUGUCGUUGAUGAGCAAGGCGUUCGGGAGAGUGUGUUUGCUCAUGAACCCCUUCCACCGCGCAAGCAGGUCGGUCUGCUCAACAUGCUUGAGGCCGUUAUCAACGAGCUUGGCACCAGCGUCGAACCCUACAUGGAUGCUCUCGUCAACUCAGUUCUCUACUGCCUGGUCAAUGCCUGCAGGAAGCUUGGCGUUAGCGCCGAGGAGCCAGAGUCCGGGGAAGGCGGACAGAUUGAGAAUGAAUCCUUGUACAGGGUUAUCAGGACGACAGCACUCAAGUCCCUGUCCAGGCUCUUCCAGAAUGCUCCUGACUUCAACUGGGUGCCGUACCGCGAACUUAUGGUCAAGGAGAUCAUCAGUCCCAGGAUCGAGAAGCUCCCGGUUGAGUCAACUCAGGGUGUGUCCGCUACCUGGAGGCUGAUGGCCACCUGGUCUUCUCUGCCGAAGGCAGCGCCGUUCCUCAAUGUCGACAAGCGCAUCCUGCCCAAGAUCGUGGAGACACUUUCCAUUGAGAAGGCAAAGGAUGAGGUCAAGGUGUUUGCACUUGAUAUCCUCAAGAAUCUCAUCAAUCUUGCGCAGGCCCCGGAAACUGAGUCCCAAUUCAAUGAGCUCAUCAAGACUGAGCUCUUGGAUCCUAAUACUGACCUCAUCCUCAAGACCAUCGGCGGCGUGCUGCAUGGUCAAUCCGAUAUCGGCCGCGAGCUCUUGUCCAGCGCCGUUGACACUGUCGUCGUAUUCGCGCCCAUGAUCGAGGUGUCUUCGCAUAUCCAGGAUAUGCUAGAGAUUGCUACUUGGCUGCUCAAUCAACCCUUGCGCAAGGUUAACCCCAAGGUUAAGGGCGCUAUCUUGUUGAUCCUCAAGCGGUUUAUUGAACUCGACGACCUUCAGAGCAACCAGGAGCUUCAGCGCAAGGUCUACAGUACCAUUUCUGCUCUCUUCGGAUUCUUCAAGGACAAGCAGAACCGGCAGACGCUUGCCGAGGUCCUCGAUGUGUUUGCCAGGCGUGAAGUGUGGGCUCAGGAAGUGUCGGAUAUCUGCCGUGGUCUCAACUCCUAUGUUGAGCAGCGGCUGGAUGAGCCUGAUUAUAAUACCCGCCUUGCGGCUUUCAACUCCAUUACCAAGGACCGUGAUAAACCAUUCACCCUCGACCAAUGGAUGCCACUCGUUCACAACCUCCUCUACUUCAUCCAACAGCCCGAGGAAUUCGGUGUCUUGUCCUCGAACUCGGCCGAUGGCUUGUGCAAGUUCAUCUCCGCUGUUGAGUCUGUCUGGGCUACUCCCGACCAAGCAGCAUGGAUCGAUGUCGUCGCGAACAUCAUCCUGCCCGCUAUCUACGCUGGUUCCAGAGACCCAUCGGAGACUGUCCGCCGCGAGAUCCUGCGUGUCUUCGGCUUCCUGGUCUCCCAUCUCCCCCAGUGGGAGCUGGUGGCUGACUUGACCUGCCUGGUCCCUGAGUCGGAAGACUCCGAUGAGGCUUUCUUCUUCCAUAUCAUGAGCCCUGCGGUGUCGAGACAACUCCAGGCUCUUCGCGUGCUUGAGGCCGCUAAUGACAAGAGAGAGUUCCGCAGCAAGCACAUCAGCCAGUUCUUCAUCCCGUUGUUUGAGCACUUCAUUUUUGAUCGACCUGAAGGUGGUGAUGACCAUGGCUUGAGUGCGCAGGCUACGAACACCAUAGCAGCGUUGACUCUGUCUUUGGAGUGGCAGCAGUACCGUGCUAUUUUGAGGCGGUUCAUUUCCUAUGUCGAGUCUAAGCCUGAUUGGCAGAAGCGCGUUGUGCGUCUUCUGGAGAAGGAGGUUGACGCUUUGCGAACGGCCGUCGCCUCCAAGAAGCCCGCUGAUGCCAUGGAAGUUGAUGGCGAAGCGAAGCCGCGUCGGCUUGCCUCGACUCUCCCCGACCAAGAAAAGCUUGGUGCUGAGAUCGUCAACAACUUCCUGCCGACGCUCCUUAACUACAUUCACGAGAAGGACGAGACUAACGUCAGCGCUCGUGUCCCUGUCGGCGUCAUCAUCGCCAAGCUCCUUACGCUCUUACCCGACCAGUUGCUCAAUGAGAAGCUGCCUGGUGUCCUUACCGACAUCUGCCACAUUCUUCGCAGCAAGGCCUGGGAGUCUCGCGAAAUGGCCCGUGACACGCUCUCUAAGAUCGCGGGUAUCUUGGGCCCGGAGAAGUUCGAGUUCAUCGUCAGAGAACUGCGCGGUUCUCUGCAGAAAGGCUAUCAGCUGCACGUCCUUGGCUACACGCUGCACUCGAUCCUGCUGGUUGCCAUCCCAUCCUUCCCUCAGGGUUCCCUCGACUACUGCUUGGGUAUUAUCAUGACCGUCAUUAUGGACGAUAUCUUCGGUGUAACUGGUCAAGAGAAGGAUGCGGAGGAUUAUGUCAGCUCGAUGAAGGAGGUUAAGAGCAGCAAGAGUCAAGACUCGAUGGAGCUUCUUGCCAAGACGGCGUCCAUUACACGUCUAAGUGAACUAACCUUGCCUCUUCAGUCGUUGCUGAUGGAGAAGCUUGACCUGCGGACUGUUCGCAAGAUUGAUGAGCUCCUGCUCCGCAUCACGAAGGGCCUUCUGGAGAACCCAGCGGCUGCUUCCCAAGAGGUCCUGGUGUUCUGCUACGAGGUCAUCCAGGAGGUCUACAGGAGCCAGAAGCCCGAGGAACUGCCCAAGAUGGACCCCCGCUUGAAGAGAUUCAUCGUGCAAAAGGCGGCCAAGAAGAGCGACGGCGCUGUUACUGCCAAGCAUACGUACAAGAUGACCCGGUUCGCGAUCGAUAUUCUUCGUGCUGUCAUGAAGAAGCACGAUCAUCUGCGCACGGCGGCUAACCUUAUCGGCUUUCUGCCGGUUCUCGGUGAUGCAGUCUUGGCCGUAGAGGAGGAAGUCAAGGUUUCCGCUUUCAAAAUGCUCACCGUUAUCGUCAAGGUACCUUUCAAGAAUAACGAAUCGAACGGCCUGUACAAAGUCGCGCACAAGGAAGCCAUCAAGUCCAUCGCAAUGUCCUCCAGCACACAAUCCGAACUUGCUCAGGCCGCGCUCAAGUUGAUAUCUGUCAUCCUUCGCGACCGUCGCGACAUCCAGAUGAGGGAAGCCGCCUUGGACAUGCUUCUCAGCAAACUUAAGGACGACCUGACGGAGCCUCUCUACCGGCACGUCACAUUCAACUUCCUGCGUUCCGUUCUCGACCGCAAACUAGAGACUGCAUCCGUCUACGACACCCUAGACCACGUCGGCACGGUGAUGAUCACCAACGACGACAAGGACACGCGCGACCUAGCCCGCGGCGCGUUCUUCCAGUUCCUGCGCGAGUACCCGCAGAAACGGAACCGCUGGGAAAAGCAGCUCAAGUUCAUUGUGGCUAACCUCAAGUACGAGCGUGAAGGUGGAAGACUCUCGGUCAUGGAGUGCAUCAACCUGCUGCUGAAGAAGUCGGCGGAUGAGUUCACGCAGGAGGUGGCGGCCACGUGCUUCAUCCCUCUCGUGUUCGUGCUGGCCAAUGAUGACAGCGAUAAGUGCCGGUUGGCGGCUGGGGAGUUGAUCAAGGAGACGUUCCGCGUGGCCGACAAGGAGAGGCAGUCCCGCUUCUUGACGCUGCUCCGAGGUUGGAUUGCGCAGGAUGGGAAUAUGGCCGUUGUGAAGCUUGCGCUGCAUGCGUUUGGGCUGUACUUUGAGGGUCGGGAGCCGAGUGCUAAGGAUAUUAAUGACCUGACUCUUGUUUACGACAAGCUUGUCAACGUCCUGGGAGAUGAGAAGGCUCUGGAGGACGAUUGGGAGUUAGCCCACGUUGCCCUGGGCACCUUACGCACCUUGGUCCUUAAGCACCCGCAGAAGGUCCUGUCCGGGGAUGCGACCGACCUCUGGGCCGAAGUCCAGGCCCUCCUGGCCCACUCCCACACUGAAGUUAAACUCAGCGCCAUCCGACUCCUCAGCAUGUACCUUGCCGACUUUGCCAAAAACACCACCAAGGGAGCCAAGCUGCCCCUUUCCGGCUCCCAUGGCCUGCAGCUCGACACGGACGACGUGACCGACCUUGUCCGUCUCUCCCUCGGCAUCCUGUCCGCGCCCGAAGUCGACGAGGCCUUGGCACAGGAAGUCGCCCAGGUCCUGCUCUUCCUAGGCGGGUACCUCGAGCUGGCGGGCGAGGACGACGAAGAAGAGGGCGACGAGGCCGAGGAGGACGAGGCCAACGACGCAAAGGAACGCGCGCACACCGCGGACGUGCGCUACCUCUUCUGGAAGUUGGCGUCUAUUAUCCGGAAGGAAAGGCCGCCGAAGCCGGAAGUGCUCGUUAGCAAGCAUGUGGCGAUGGAUCUGGUCGAGGCGUUUUGCAAUCGGGUGUCGGUUGAGACGAUCAUGGCGUCUAUUAAGACGAUCCUAAGGCCGCUGAGGAACUUGACGGAUCCGUCGAUCAAGCCGCCGCACUCGUUAAAUGAUAUCUUCCGGCAGCGGUAUGAUGAAUUGAAGAACAAGGCGCAGACGGUUAUGGAGCUGUUGCAGAGGAGGCUGGGUAGUGCCGAGUAUACGAAGGCGUUGCUUGCAGUUAGCGAGAUGGUGCGGGAGAAGAGGCAGCAGAGGUCGACGAAGCGGAAGAUUGAGGCGCUUACGGCGCCGGAGAAGUACGGCCGGGAGAAGAGGAAGAAGUUUGAAAAGAAGAAGGAGAGGAGGAAAAUUAAGGGUAGGGAGGCCAGAGAGUUGCGGAAGUUAUACCAUUAG